GAAAACUCUUGUACCAUUGAAGAAACACCGAAACCUACAAAUUACGGCGAUGAGAGCCGUGGUCCAAAGAGUCGCCUCUGCCAGCAUAGAGGUCGAUGAUCGCCUUGUGUCGGAAAUCGGAUCUGGUCUCCUCGUUCUCAUUGGACUCCACGAUUCCGACACCGAAUCUGACGCCGAUUACAUAUGUAGAAAGGUUUUGAACAUGGGAUUGUUCCCUAAUGAAAGUACUGCCAAAGGAUGGAACCAGAAUGUCAUGCAACUGAGCCAAUUUACAUUGUAUGGAUUCUUGAAGGGUAACAGGCAAGACUUCCAUGUAGCAAUGCCACCACAGAAAGCAAAACCGUUCUACGAAUCUUAAGUUGACAAAUUCAGAAAAGGUUAUAAACCAGACGCAAUAAAAGAUGGAGUAUUUGGAGCAAUGAUGAAGGUUAGUUUGGUCAAUGAUGGGCCAGUAACAAUGCAGCUUGAUUCGCAACCACCGAAGUGAGUAUCACUAGCCUUAGUGAUCUCUCUAAUUGUUUAAUAUUUAGUUAUUGUCAUGAUUAAUGUUCCACAAUCAAGUCAGAAAUUUACAUGCUAAAACAAGGUUGAACCUUUUCAGGAAUACAACUGAGAUGGCAGAAGAAUCCUAAGUUGAUGGAUUGGAUACUAUUUCUUGACAGAUCUUUCUAGAAUUUGGUCACAAACACCUAAAAUUUUAGAUAGUUUUGUGGGUGUAAGACAAUAAUGUACUACUAUUCAGAUGGAAAUUCAACCUUUUUAUAUAAAAUCAGCUUUUAGAAAUUUCUUUUUCUACUGAGUUAGGGAUUCAAGAAGGUCAGGGCUUCUGUUUUUAGUAAUUCUCGACUACUGAAAUUUUUUAUUAUUACCUUAUGCAACCUCUCAGUUGUAAUGGAAAUUUAAAAAGAACAGAAAAGAGAACCCCAGGUUUGAAAGCUAUGAAGCUGGAUGCAUAUUUUUUUGAGUCCAAAAGUCACAAAUGCAAUGUUGGAUGACAACAGAUUUAGGUACAACAACUAAAUAAGUUACUGAAGUCCCUGUCAUUUAUAUACAGUGAUGGCCAAG